AUUACCCUCUCAAAUGGUUCUCAUUUAUUUUAUUUUUUGUUCGGCAUGCUAUGUAAAGUAAUGACCCUUCCCCUGAUAGUUCUGAACAUGACGUAAGUUAGGAAGCUCGAAGGUAAAAAAUUUUUAAAGUUCAGUUCACUUUCGAUAUGGUAUGUGGUAUUACUAUUUAUCAUUUACGCGCUGUUACUGGGAAACCAAACUGUGUCAUGCAAGCAUUUACAAAACAUGAAGUGUUUUUAAUGAAGAAAGAAUGAAAAUAAUCAGAAAACCUUUAUAAAACGGUCACGCUAAUGAUCAAAUUUUGGUAAACAAAUCAAAUCGGACGCCAUGGAAAGGCCUUCAUCAAGAACCAGAAGUCCAAAAAGGACUUCACUUCCAGCUAUAACGAACGGGGACAACACUUUAGCGUUAAGAGGGGAGACUUUAAGUCGCAUGGACGUCUUAGAAGACCGGAUUUACAAUCAAGAAAAAACUACAAGGUCUCUAAUAGAUAGAGCUCUAAGAGUGAAAGAAGACAUCGUCGAGAGCCUCAGUAUAGCCCAAGUGAAUUGGCAAGGAGAGAAAAGAGCUAGAGCGCUACUACAAGAACACAUCCGGACCAUAACCUCAGUGGUAAAGCGCUUAAGCCGAGAAAUAGAGGUUUUAGAGGAUGAGCUAAGGUCUAAGGAAAGCAAAGUUGCAGGCAACGCAACAGCAUUCAAAAAUUUAGAAUUGCACCAUGUUGCUGGGGUGACGGACCUUAGGGGGAGGGUGGCUAGAUGUGACCAUGCAAUUGAAAGAAUGGUGUCAGACCUGCGUGCAAUUGCUGAGGCUCUAAAUGAGCUACGGCAACGACAGGAGAAUAGUACAAAGGAGAAUAAUGAAAGGUUUCAAGGACUUCAGUCAUCAAUUAAUGAUCUAGUCAUGAAGUUUGAAAAAUACAACACAGAGCAGCAUACCAGCAUUGAGAAACUAAAAGGGCAGGCAGAUGACCAGGUCACUCGCCUAGACUCCAAGACUAAGUCUGCUGUUGAGGAUGUCCGGGCAAACAUCACCUCCACUCGGCAAUGGACUGAAUCAGAGUAUUUUAAGUUGACAAAGGAAUUCCAGGGAAGACUUGAAAGAUUUGAGGGAGUUAUUAUUAAUCGACAAGAAAAGUUGGAAUUUAAAGUCGAUUCAUACUUGUCAAAGAUAGAGAAAAUGAUAUCAGAAGAGAAGGACAAGUAUUUUAACUUGUGGGAAGUACGGCUGAAGGAAACUAAGUCUGAGCAAGACCAUGUGUUGAGGGAUACAUGCGCUGGUCUCAGGCAGGAGUACAGGCUUGGCUUCAACACAGUUCAUGAAAGCAUGACAACCUUGCAAAAGGUCCUAGAGGCCAAGCUGAAACUUGUUGAAGACGACCUUAAAAAAUCCAUCAAUAAUAUUUUGAGGAUGGUGGUAUUAGUAUAAAGUAAUUCUGAUGUCAUCCGUAUAACUAGUAAAAUCAGCAAAGUAGUAGGUGUACUCCCCUUCCUCCCCUCAAGCAACAACAACAAAAUUCCAUAAAAUUUCUAGCCUUGCAACAAACCAGCAUUUUUAUUUGCUGCAGUGGCAUGCCCACAUUUUGACAGUUCAAAUGACAGGCAUGAUUCAUUACAUUUCUAAAAUUCUGUUCCUUUGUCUAAGAGGGACUCUGCAUUUUGGAAAAGUGGCUCUCAGCCUGUGUACAACUGAAACCAUAUGCAUUUCACCAGUGCACUGUGACUAGUUACAAACCGAUUGUGACUUGUCACAGGGCUUCAUGCGCCAGAUACGCAAUCGUGUUCCCUAGUUUUACUUCGGCUGUAGAGGCCAUUAGGAAGCAUUUGAAAAGACAGCUGGGUUUCCAUCCAUAGCAACAUUGGUCAACUUACUUUAUCUAAGCUGAAAACAAAGAACAUCUCUAGCUUCUUAGAAAAAGUGAGGACUGUUAUUUAGCCAACUACUCAAACUUAGAUAACCAGAACAAACCUUGAUUUUCUUAUAUCAUUUUUUACUAGUUUUUUUUUUUUUACUUAUUUAUUUCUACUAUGAUAAAUCAAACCCUCUAUUUACUCAACCUGUUUUUCAUCUCCAUGAGGACUGCAGCUGACUUAGAUGAAAUGCUUAAUAUGAUCAUCUACAGAUACAUUAUUGCAAUCUAAAGUCAGGCUUAUGAAAUAAGUAUUGACUUAAUUUGAUAAUAUAAGUUCGAGAUAAUGUGAUUUAAUCAAUUUGUGUGACAUAUACAAUAUCAAUUUUUAACAAAACUGUUGAUAAAUUGAAUAUCAUACAAUUUAUUUACAAAAAAAUACUCUAAACCUGUGGAAA